AUGGAUGCUUCACGACCUGCCAUGGCGUUGCAAGCUCUUCAGGUUGCACAGGCACCGAGGCCGAAAGCCAGGCCUGAAAGGCAGCCUGUGCCGAGGAGUCUUGCGCCAUUGACCUUGGCAUCCUCUGCUGUAAUCUCUGCCGGCUGGCCAGGGAGAAACUGCUUAAAGGCUCAGUGCAGGUCUGCUGUUCGCAGAUCUGCAGCUACAGUUGUCAAAGAGGUGAAAGAAGUCAAGGACGAGUUGAGAGGCGAGGUCAAAAGGCCAAUCGAAGGCGAUGUGAUCGCGAAGUUUGACCAUGGCUGCCUGGUCAUGUGGCUGCUACCACAACAAGCCUUACAGUUGGCGACCUGGCUGAGUGAAUGGGAAGGCGAAGCCUUCGGAAAUCAAGAGACCAACUUCUGGCGUCAACGAAUGAUCGUGGCCAUGAAGAGCCGUCUGGAAAAAUUGGCCUUUGAUCCUGGCUCUGAAGCUGGUGACGAAGCACCGUUUCAGGUCUACUCAGUCCACAAUUCGAGCAAUUCGAGCAAACCGUUGGCGGUCGCAAUGGUAUCUACGAGGUCCUUCAACCUGGAACCAUUGACCGCUUUGCAUUUAGACCACAUCGUGAACAGUCCCGAGCCACAAUCAAAAGGGUUUGGCGCUACACUCCUUCAAGGAUUGGUACAGCGGGCUGCUAUGAGCAAGCAGGUCUUGGUCAUUGAACCUCAAUCACCUGGCCUCGAAGCGUACUUCACACGACUGGGCUUCAGACACAUCAAGGAGGUGGAUCCGUAUCUUUGGAUCCCUUCUGGACCACUGGACCAAGAGGUAUCUCUGCGUUAUGUUCUGCUGGAAGAUGCUGACCAUGAGAGGCUGUUGGCAGCAUUCAAGCGACCUCCAGAGUGGACGGGUGUGACUGAGCAGUUCUAUAUGGCCUCGCGACAGGACACUUCCUCUCUGGAUGUCUUGGCCCUUUUCACAUGCAGCCGCGCUACUUACCGCCGUGGAUUUGCACGGAGAAUGCGACGAGAGAAGCCCAGUGCCCCAUACAAGGUGGACGUUGUCGAAGAAGUCGAUCUCUCGGAGAUCAUGGCCAUCAUGCGAAGCCCUGAGAAGUUGGAGGAGGUGAGCUGGGCUUCUGCUGAGGGCUUCGGUCAGGGGCCUUGGACCUCGCUGCCAGGGAACUUCUCUGGCGUGGGCCGCUGCAGUGUUUCACAGAAGGCCUUCCCACUGCCUGGUUUACACCCAUCUCUUGGCAAGAUAGACUUUGUUGUAGAGUCACUGGAGUGGCAAAUGAGGAGAGAUCCCGUGUACUCCGUGUCGAUCACCUGCACACUGGGUAUCCUUGCAGAGGUGCUGGAAGUCGCAAGAGAUUUCUUCAAUACCUUCCGAAUCCGAGCAGCUUUUCAUCAUAAUCCUCUGGCCUGGGACAUCGAGGUGGUCCAGUCGGACGGGCUCGCAUUAGCUUCCAUGGAGAGUCCACCGCUUCCAGGUGAUGAGAAGAAGAGACCAGAUGACCUGGACAUCUUCUGA